UGCCGCCGCCCACACAAAGCUGCCGUGGCGCUGAGCUCCGGCAGGCAAGCCAUCUCCCCUGUGUCGGCCAUUACCCCGAACCCACACCAGGGCAGGCUGCUCACCACCCCCCAGUGUCCCUCUGCCACCCCCCACCGCCUCGGCACCCCCGACUCCCACCACCCUCCACACACACACCAUCCUUCUUUUUUUAAACCUCCAGCACUCGGUUUUCUCUAGAGGAGGAACAGAGAGAAGGCAGAGAUGGUACGAGCAGGGAGAAUACUCCUGCCUCAUCGGAGCCAUCAGCUUUCAGGAGAGCGCGGCAGCCCCCCCUGCCUGUGGACUGACCACUGAAAGGUUGACAUAAACCCUGGGGUCACACAGAGGAUGAGGAAUGGAGGCGUCAGAACCUACCCACCCUGCCUCAUCUGCCAGGGACCAGCCAGCUCCUGCCCCUGGUGUUCCUGGGGGCCCAGGUGGUCAGGCCUCAUCUCGCCUGACCCUGGGUCCCGUCAUCCUGCCACCAGAGCAGGGCCUGCCCCAAACCGUUUUCCUGAAGGCCUUGCCUGUCCCUCUGUACCACACGGUACCCCCUGGGGGCCUCCAGCCACGCGCGCCCCUGGUGACAGGAAGCCUGGAAGGCGCCAGCGUACCCUUCAUCCUCAGCCCCUUGCUGCCGCCUGAAGGACCCAAUCCCACCCAGAUGGGCAAGCCAGCCACCCCCGCCCUGACUGUGAACAUCGUAGGCACACUACCUGUCCUCUCCCCGGGUGUGGGGUCCACGCUGGUCAGCACAGGCAGGGUGAAGAAUGCUGGUAAGCACCUCUGCCCGCACUGUGGCCGGGACUGCUUGAAGCCCAGCGUGCUGGAGAAACACAUCCGGUCCCACACGGGUGAGAGACCCUUCCCAUGCGCCACCUGCGGCAUCGCCUUCAAGACCCAGAGCAACCUAUAUAAACACAGGCGGACACAGACACAUCUCAACAACUCCCGGCUGUCCUUGGAGUCUGAGGGGAGUGGGAGCAGCCUUCUGGAGGAGGGAGACCGGCCAGGAGAGACUGCCUCAGUGGCAGAUAGCCGGGGAGAUGCAGGAGCACCAGAGAGCUCCCUUUCCCCAGGUCCCCACCCAACCCUUGCCUCUAGGAACCGGGAAAAGAUGGCAGAAGUCAUUCCCUCUCUAGGGGCCACGAUUUCCCACAGGGAGGCCCCUGUGGACCAGACCCAGAUGGUGUCUCCUGAGUUUCCACUAGCCAGCCCGCAGCCUAGGCGGAAGCUGCCGGAACCGAAGCCAUCCUCCCUGCAGAGACAGCAGGAGACGUGCUCAGAGAGGCUGUGGGACUCCAAGGCCUUGGAGGGUCAGCUGAGAAAGUGCGAGAGCACAGACUCGGGCUACCUGUCCCGCUCGGACAGCGUGGAGCAGCCUCCCGUCGCCUCCAGCCCUUUGCACAGUCUGUCGGAGCACAGUGCCGAGUCCGAGGGGGAGGGAGGUCCCGGCUGCGGAUCUGCGGGCGGCGGCGACGGGGCAGAGCACGGAGCACCAGGGGCCAGCCUGGAGCUAGAGAAGAAGAAACUGGAGGAACGCAUCGCCCAGCUUAUCUCCCACAACCAGGCAGUGGUCGACGACCCACAGCUGGACCACGUGCGACCCCGCAAGACUGUGCUGUCCAAGCAGGGCAGCAUCGACCUGCCCAUGCCGUACACCUACAAGGACUCCUUCCACUUUGACAUCAGGGCGCUGGAGCCCAGCCGCAGGAGGGCUGCCCUCAGCCCAGCUCACUCCACCUUCACACCCCUGGAGAAGACCAGGCCCCUCUUCUUCCACUCCGUCCCCACGCAGCUCUCCACCACCGUGGAGUGUGUCCCUGUCACCAGAAGCAACUCGCUGCCUUUCAUUGAGGGCUCUAAGCUGUGGCCCGAGUCGCCACGGGACCCACAGGACGCCCUUCCCAGCAUGCAGAAGGCCCUGAGUCCCAGGCUCACCCCAGCCCGGCUGGGAGACCGCCCAGGACUGACUUUAGCAAGCAUCCCCAGUGGUCACCCUCGGGCCCUGGUGAGACAGGCUGCUGUGGAGGACCUGCCGUGCACUCCCACCGGAGACCCGUCAUCUACUGCCGAGGUCCUAGAUGGGGAGAGAGCCGUGGCAAAGGGUGGGGCGGCGUGUAAGGGCAGAGCCAGUAAGAGGUAUAGCCAGAAGAGGCCAAAGAUGUUCUCCCAGGAGAAAUGGCAGGUGUAUGGGAACGAGACCUUCAAGAGGAUAUACCAGAAAAUGAAGACCAAUCAGCCGCAGGGAGGACAGAAACACAAGGAGGUGAAGCAGAGUCGGGGGCUGGAACUGGACCUGCCUCCCCAGGAAGCAGGGACUGAGGGUGCAGGCCUGUCUCAAGACAGUAAGAUCCCUGUCCUUGGGGACGCUACAGCAGGGGCUAGGCUAGGGUCAUGGACAAGCCGGCCGUCCCUGCAGGAGUCAUCGGAGACCACUUUUCCUAAGCAACUGAAGGCAGUGGCCAGAGCCAAGUCAUCUCCUACCCUGGGCAGCACAGAUGUCCUCUGUCUAAGCAGCAAGAGCCCUCUGCUCCCGCCAUGUGGGAAAUCGGACCUGGGAUGCCGGCUGCCUCCAGAACCCGUGCCCCUCCCAGGAAAAGACUUAGGACUUCCUGAGAUGGCUUUGCCAGACCCUAGUUGUGAGAUUAUGAAAGAAACCUGCCCUGGGGACGAAGCCCUCCUCAGACAGCCCAGUGGUAGGUCUGUGGGCCCCCAGCUCGCCGAAGACAAGUUACCCUCGGAGAGAAAGAGACUGAAGGUGGAAAGGUUGGACUGUCAGGAGCAGCCAGGGCCUCUAGAAGCUGAGACCUCAGGUGGCUCUCUGCGGGCUGAUUCCCUGCCACCCCAGAAACAGGACAGUGGCUCUGAGGAAGUUCUCGGCAGCUCCAGUAAGAGCAUCCAGCAUGUGACCAUGGCCCUGGAGUCCUCGGAGGCCUCCUCAGCUGUUUCUGCCCCGAAGUGGCCCAGGGUAGGGGACAAGGAUCCCACACUGCCUUCUGUACCUAGGACUCCUCCUGGGCUCCACUCCCUGCUGCCCGUCCAGCCCCGAGAUCCUUGUGUCCCUGCUGCUGUGUCAGAUGGCUCCUUUGCUCCCAAGUACCUCCUCAGGCUACCUCAGGGAGAGAACGCCUCACCCCGUGUUGCUCCAGGGCCUGGGAAAGGCCCAGAUGCUCCGUGUACAAGUGCACUGCCUGGAGAACAGGCCCUUCUUGCUGGAUCAGAACUGGAAAUGCUCCCGCCACCUGGAGCAUCUUCAGGUACAGGUGACGCAGGUGGUUCCCAGGAGGACUCUAGCUGGUCUAAGCCAAUGGAUGGAAGAGAGGAGGCACAGAGGGGAAGAGAGAAGGGAGACAGGACCGACAGCAGCGUCCCCACAGCUGAGCACUCUUCCGACCCUGACACCGGCGGCACCACCCAGGAGACAGCCUCCAUUACACCCACUCGCCCGUGUGACACUCACAUGGCCCGGGAUGUCGCGGGUGAGAACCGUGCCACCUGUUGCCUCUGCGUGGACAGCCCGCCAGCAAGAGCUGGAACGAAUGGGAAUCUCUUGAACCCUUGGACGUCGCCUCGGGAGCCGGGGGCACCUAAGAAUGCCCUAGCGGGUCCAGCUUCAGUGACCAAGGAAGGGCUGCCUGCCUGCUUUCCCUCCCAGGCACAUUAUUUUCUCACGUCUUUCACACGGCCCCGGGGCUCAUCCCCGGGCCAGCAGAAACUGGCCUUGUCACACCACUUAGGGACCCCCAGGAGCUGUGAGGCCCCAAGCUCCUUCCCCUCCCUUAAGGCCGAGCCCCAGCUGACAUGGUGUUGCUUGAGUCGAAGCCUGCCCCUGCCGGCAGAGCAGCAGAGGGCAGCCCCUGGGCGCUUGGCUUCAUGUUCAACUGAUAGAAGCCUCCAGGGUAAGGGUAACAAAGUGCUGCUGUCCAGGACAAGCCAAGGAGGAGGAGAAGGAGGAGAAGGAGGAGAGCUUCCCCACCCAACAGUCUCAGGGAUGAGAGCCCAGGACCAGGUGUCCUGUCCACAGGGGAAGAAAGGACUGUGCCACAGGAGGGUGAAGAUAUCUCAUGAGAACAGCAAGCAGAAGAAACUGAGGCUUCAUUCCAAGAGACAUGAAGGAAGCUUCUGGCAGAGAGCCAAACGACUGUGCAAGCCACCUUGGUUGCCAAGAAGAAGCUGUCUCCCACACCGGAUUGAGGGCAUGGAGUCACGAGGGACCCUCAGGAAAUCUUCAUCCGAAGUGACAGGUCUAAGUCUGCAAAGAGAGCCAUCCUGUACCAACACAGACUUGCCUGCUGGUCAUGGGAACAAAGAACAGGAAGGUGACUGCCGGCAGACUUCAGAACCCAUCUCCCCUCCCACAAGCUCAAAACUCAUCUUGGAAAGAGACAAUUCGACUCUGAAGGAGGUUUCUCCACCUGCUGGUGAGCGUAAUGACUGUUUCCCAGAGAAGGAGCAUGCCAGCGGGUCAGGGCUCUCUCUGCAAUCCAGUGCACGCUUGGCCGUGUUUCAGGAAGGUCCUCCACUCCAGGGCAAGUGUUUUGAUGUUGGACCGCCAGGGACACUGCCACCGCCUUCCCGGAGUCCGGUCUCCACAGUUCCCAACCUGCGCACCUCCCCAGAUGUCCCAGAGCCACCUCCGUCCUUUAGGCCCAAAGGAACAUUUCCCCACCAAGACAUUGCUACCUCUGUGGCUGCCAUCUGUGUCUCCGUGGGGACGCGAACGGGGCUCAGAACACUGGGGGUUCACAGGGCAGAGGAGACUCGGGCACAGAGCUCCCCAGAUGGAAGAGCUGUCCCAGAAGGCGUAGCGCAGGCGCUUCUGCCAGGGAGAUCUUCACCUGGAAGGAACCACUUAGAAAUAUUGCAGCCAGGCCCAAGUUCAACUAGUUCACACCAGCUGGAAGUGAGAUCCCAGACAGAUUGUCCUUCCGGGGGCCAAUACGGACCUGGGGAUGUGGCCAUCCAGCGUGCCGCUUCAGGAAGUGAGAGCAGGGCAUGCCACAGUGAAGGAUCAGUUACCCCCAAGAGUGCCGUGGCUCCUUCUGACCAAGGACAGCCCUUAGAAGUCUCUGGAGGCCCCUUGAGGUCCAUCCGAAAGAGGAGCUUGGAAGGAAUGAGAAAGCAGGCUGGGGUGGAGUUCAGUGACACCAGCAGCGACGAUGAAGACAGGCUGGUCAUAGAGGUGUGAUAUGCUUCCAGAGAAAGAUGGUGGCGAUGGUCAAGGACCGGGGACCCUCUGGGAUAACACCACUACGUGUAAUGGGCACUGAACUCUCUAAAAAUAUCCAUACACCAAGGACUGGGGAUCUUCUGGGGGGUAGCAUCACCAAAAGGGCAAUGAACUCUAUAAAACAUCCACAGAUGAUGAAAGCCAUCCAAGACUCCUUCAAGCCAGCUCUAACCAACGCCACGCCCAGAUCCAGCCAUACCUUUCCUUAGCUUCUUUCAGACAGGCUUUGGGCUCUCCCACAUUCACCUGGAAGAGUCAAGGUGGCCAGAGGCCCAGCCUCAAGAGGCUCAGCGCACACAGCUCCAACUUGGUGCAGCAGUUAAGUACUGCCUCGUCUGGUAAAACGACGCUAACCGGAAGAGCCAUAUGUGACGUUGUUCUUGACCCGUGAGGUCCCACUGGGUCAAGCACCUGACAUUUCCGUCACUACGUGAAGAGUGCCAGGCACACCCGGGGUCACCAGGGUGGUUAGAGGGAAGAAGGAUGGGGUAGGAACUGGGCAAACUUUGGAGACAAAAUCCAGAUGCAUUAAAAAAACUGGUCAGGGCCAACCAUCCCAAAUGGACAGUGUAAAUACACAUCACAAUGCCUAAGGCCCUUUAUAUCUUGCACAAUUGUCAAUACUUAUUUUUGGUCCAAUAACACAAGCAUGUCUGGCCCUUGUACCUGGUGCCUUUUCUGUGGAAGAUCCCCCCAUCAUCGCACCCCCCAAAA